AUGUGUGAGUCUGGCGAUGCCAUGAACGGCGGAGUGAGCGGCAGUGUUACAGUCAUGGCGCCUGGUGCUGCAACGGGGAAGCUAGGAUGCAUGGCUGCUGGGAAUGGGACUGGCUGCUUUGGCCUUUCAAGAAAAGAGAUGAAAAUGGAGUGUGAUAAACUGGGAGGGGAGAAGGGAAGCCAUGGUGAUGGUUGCUGGGAGAGUUGUUGCAGUUGGGAGGGCGAGGGUGGGCGUGGGAGUGAGAAUGAGAAGAAGGGUGACAAGGGUGAGAUGAGUCAGAAGAAUGGCGAGACUGAUAAGGAGGCCGGUUGUGAGAGAAAUGGGAGUGAGAAUGACAAGAGUCACAAGACUGAGCUUGUAAAGAGUGAGAAGGGUGAGAAGAAUGAGAAGAGUGGGAAUGAGAAGAAUGAGAAGGAGGAAGUUCAACACGAGGCGACGAUACCAAUGGAGGAAGACUCGGCACCAGAGCCUGCUGCCAAGCAUGCAGCCAGCGGCAGUGGCGGUACAGAGGAAGCUUAUAAGGGGGACGGUGCUGAGGCGAUGCAAGUUGAGGAGGUGGGAGAUGAUGGGGGAUUCAGGGGCAUGGAGGAAGUGGCGAGCACACCGGAACUACAGAGGGAGGUUAAGGGCGGAACCCAGACGUCCAGCAGCAGCAGUGAUGGCAUGCUGACUCAGCAAGUGAGGGAACCAUUGAUGCUGGCCGGCUUGCUGAGUCAUUGCUCGACGAACAAGGUGGCGAUGGAUGGCGAAGAGUUAUCGCGCCGUAACAGUAUCAGUUACCGGAACAGCGAAUCCCCAGCGCAUGGGGAGGGCGAGUGCAUGGGCAAAGGAGGUGCAGGAGAAGCAGGGAAAGAAGGUAAAGCAGGGGAAGCCGGGGAAGAGAUGUAUGACAAGCUCGCCCAUUUCUUCUCCUUACCUGAGCUCGAUGCCUUCAUGCUACACAGUAACUCCUCUCCCUGCGUCCUGCCCCUCGACCUCUCCCCGAGCCUCUCCAUGCCGAACCAGCCUGUGCCGAACCUGGACCACAUGCCGAGCCUGAGCUUGCCACCUCCGGCAACAGGCUUGGGAGAAGGUGGGGAGGCUGGGCAUGGGGCGUUGAGGCUGGAAGGGGGAAAGAUGCUCAACGCACAUGUGGCAUGCCUUGAGGUGGCGACGCCACUGGACCAGCUGCCGCUGAUUCAAGUGCAGAUGGAGCGAGCAGGCCUCGUUGCCUCCACCUACACUCGCUUGCUCCACGCCUCCGCCCCCACCACCACCACCACCGCCACCGCCACCGCCACCGCCACCGCCACCACCACCGCCACCGCCACCGCUGCUGCUGGUGUUAACACCAACGGUACUGCUGACGCCUCUGCUAAUGCCAUCGGGCCUGCAAAAUCAGGUGCUCCUGCUGCUGCUGGUUCUCCCUCUUCCACUCAUACUGCCGCAGCAGCAGCAGGAGCAGCAGUAGCAGCAGCAGGAGGAGCAGCAAGUGUGGCUGGUCAGAAGUAUGCUGCCAAUGGGAACGUGCCAUGUGGCGGUCAGGGGUUGGCGUCCGAUACGGAAGAAGCCGAGCUGGACAACUUCAUGGGUCAGUUUGUGAAGCUGCUGCGGGCAUUCAAGGAGCAACUGGAGGAACACAUUCGGGUGCACGCCAGGGAAGCGGUUACCACCUGCGCCCGGCUCAAGCAUGCCGUUGCUGCUGCUGGCAGCACUGCUGCUGACAAGCUCGCUGCUUCUGGGGCCACCAUGUCGGACGAUGGAGGGGUGGGAGGGGGUAGGCCCAGCAGCAAUGGGGGCAUUAGAGCCUUGGAGGAUGCAUGCAACAGCCAUGGGAAUGGGCACACGCAUGGGUAUAAUAAUAGUCGUGGCAGUGGGUACAACAGCCAAGGGAAUGGAUAUACCAGGCAUGGUCAGGGGCUGUCUGAAAGCCAUGGUCAUGGGUGGAACGGUGCACUCAACCCCUUUGCCCCAGCUGCUACUGCUACUGCUGGUGGGGUUGGUGGUGGCAGUGGCGGUGGUGGUGGCAGCGGUGGGUGUAGCAGCAUGUCAGGCUCGUUUCACUGUCAGCACCAGGGUUACUCGCAGCAGCAGCAGCAGCAGCAGCAGCAAUAUCAGCAGCAGCAGAGUCAAUCCAUGCAUGCGGCCAAUCAGCCCCUCACCCUCCUCCCACUUCCUCCACCACAACCUACCACGGGCAUGGGAGCACCCAUGGCAUUCGGGGCAAUGCAGGGCAUGGGGGCGCAUGAUAACAUGGGGACACAUAGCAGCAUGGGCAUGGGGAUGGGUUCGGGCAUGGGCAUGGACAUGACUGGGAGCAUGGGCACGAGCAUGAGCAUGGGGAUGGGGAUGGGGAUGGGGAUGGGGGGGGCACAGGACAGGAGUGCGGUGGAAGAGGCACUGCUCAAGGAAUACGGCAGAGAGGGGUUCCGCGCUCGCCUGCUGGGAGUGAGGGAGGAGAUCAUGCGCAAGAGGCGUGCGGGGAAGCUUCCAGGAAACACCACGCAGGUGCUCAAGGCGUGGUGGAACGAGCACAUCCAGUGGCCCUACCCUACGGAGGAGGAAAAGGUGGGGCAGAUAGCGCAAACGGGCCUGGAGCUGAAGCAGGUGAACAACUGGUUCAUCAACCAGCGCAAGCGCAACUCAUGUGCUCACACCUAUCUGUGUGUGUCUAUCCCUCUGUCUGCCUGUCUCUGUCCAUGUGCGUCAAUACAGGAGGAGGAGAAGGCGGGGCUCAUGGCACAGACGGGGCUGGAGCUGAAGCAGGUGAACAACUGGUUCAUCAACCAGCGCAAGCGCAACUGGCACGGCAACCCCGCUGUCGCAGCGGCACAGCACAAAGGGCCCAAACAGGCCAAGCGCAAAUGA